UUCAUCAUACGUUGCAGUGCGCACCGUUGGAUACUUUUCUUGGCUUCAAAAGCUUUCUGUAUAUUCAUGCGAGACUUCGAACGCUACUCUGCUAGACUGCACUGAGUCCUUCCAACUUGAUAUUCUUGCUGAUAUGGUAAGACAAAAAAACUAAAAUCGUCUCACUAAAUUUCUCAAAUAUCAAAAUAAUUAAUCAGAUCAUGACUCUACUACUCUAUCUGAAUAAUUUUGUUGUCUUUUUUUACUAUCUGCUAUAAAAUCAUGAACUUUUGAACUUCUUUAUCUUCCUUUUCCUUCCAUUUUUUUUCAUAUUUUUUUCUGUCUCAUUUUUUGUUUCUAGAAACAGCUUCACCUCUUCAAUAUGACUUACUUAUAUUCAAAUAGCGAUAACAACUACCCUUAUUCAAACAACCCGCAAUUUAGCGAUCUUGAGUCCUCUUCUUCUCAUAAUUACACAAAGAAAACAACAGACACUAAUACUGAUGAUGAGGAGAAAGAUAUUGGCCUAAAAAUGAAAAGAAGAAAUUCUUUUGUUGGCUUCUCAAAAUCAAUGGACAUAGAGAACUAUUCAGAAAAUGAUUCUGUUCAUACUGAUUAUAUUCAAUCCUCAAAUAUCGAUAAUGAUAAACUUUCUGACAUUAAUCAUACAAAUACCAAUAAUAUCGACAGCAAUAAUAUCGAUAAUGCUUCAAUGAACAGUUCAAGUACUUCCUCGACCAUAUAUCGUCAAGUCUCUUAUGAACUACAUCAAGUUCAAUCUCCCCAACCUCUCGCCGUUACUCCCGGUCAUCGACUUAUUCAUUCAUUGACAGCCAUAGAUAUCUCUGCAAUAACUUUAACCAUAGUUUUUGGUACAGGUUUGCUAAUUGGUACCGCUAAAACUCUUCACAUUGCAGGCCCUAUUUCUUUAUUAAUUGCUUAUAUUGUCAUGGGUUUUGUCGCCUUACAACUAUUAAAUUCUUAUUGUGAAAUGAUGUCCUAUAUUCCAAUUCCAAACGCUUAUUCCGGCUAUACUUCAAGAUAUCUUGAUCCCUCAAUUGGUUUUGCCUUGGGAUAUUGUUAUUUGUUUGUAAACUUAAUUACUGGUCCGAACCAAUUAACUGCUGGUGCUUUGGUUGUUCAAUAUUGGGUUGAUAGAGACACUGUUAAUCCUGCUGUCUGGGUCACUAUUUUCUCAGUAGUUGUUAUUCUUAUUAAUACUGUCAGAGUAGGCAAAUUCGCCAUUCUUUCGAUUUUCUUCAUUUCUUUCAAAUUAAUAAUCAUGAUUGGUGUUGUGAUCUUAUUAUUCAUAUUAAUGUUAGGAGGUGGCCCCAAUCAUGAUAGAAUUGGUUUUAGAUACUGGAAAGAUCCUGGUCCUUUUGCUCCAUACUCCGAAUCUGUUGAUGGAAACGUGGGCAAACUUGUGUCCUUUUUAUCUGUUUUGGUCACUGCCUGCUAUUCUUACUUAGGUGUUGAAACUUUUGUUGUCACAGCAGCUGAAUCUGUUCAUCCUAGAGCAACUAUACCAAAAGCAAGAAAAUUCAUUGUUUAUCCUUUACUUUUAGUGUAUAUUUCGUUUAUUACAAUGAUUGGAAUUUGCGUUGCCUUUGAUGAUCAACAACUAAUAAACCAAAAUCCGUUCUCCAGUCCUGUUAUUGUAGCAAUAAAAAAUGCUUCAAUUCCAAUUUUAUCAAGUAUAUUUAACGCAUGCAUCCUAGUAUUUGCGCUUUCUGGUGCAAUCAAUAGUUUUUAUAUUGCUACUCGUGUUAUCUAUGGUUUGUCUGUCUCCGGUGAUUGUUUCAGAAUUUUAUCAAAAACAAAUAGAUUUGGUAUUCCUAGUUAUUGUAUUGCUGUGGUCUCGUGUUUUGAAUUGCUAGCAUUUAUGAACUCAACCCAAGGCUCAACAACUGUUUUUAACUAUUUGGUUGAUUCUGCCUCUUCAUUUUGUUUAAUUGUCUGGGAUUGCAUUUUAUUAACACAUAUUUUUUUUGUCAGAGCUUUUAAAACACAGGGAGUCAACAGAAAAGAAGAGCUACACUACUAUGCUCCAGGAGCCCCUUACACCACUUCAAUUGCGUUAUUCAUUAACAUAAUAGUGACAAUUAUUUGCAAUUUUACUUCAUUUAUCGACGGCUUUGAUUAUAAACAGUUUAUUAGUGGAUACAUUGGGAUGCCUGUAUUCAUUAUUGUAUUUUUGGUUCAUAAAGUUGUAAAAAAAACUAGUUUUAUUAAACCUGAAGAGGCAGACCUAUAUUUUUAUAAAGAUUAUGUUGAUGCCGAGGAAGAAGCAUACUUGAAGCAUAUGAAUGAUAUUAAGAAAGAAGAGCAAGAAUUACGCACGUCAAAGCUUUUUGAAAUCAAAAGAAAAAUAAAGGAAUAUUUACAGUGAAUAAACCAUUUCUUUGAUUCAG